CAGUAGAAUGUUCGUUGAGUUAAUGUAAAUUUGAUUUACUCUUCCGAAAAUGCUUGGCGUUUUCGAGAGUCUCAAAGGUCUUCUGAAGGCACAUUCAGUAUGUAUAGACGGUCCCGCUUUUCGACUUCAUUAUCGUUGUACUGUAUUGUUUCUUUUGAGUGCUAGUUUGUUAUUGUCAUGUCGGCAAUAUUUUGGGGAUCCUAUACACUGCAUUCAAAAUGACGUAAGACGAAUCGAUGCUGUCGAAAAUUUUUGCUGGAUUCAUUCUACAUUUACCCUGCCCCAUGCUUGGAAUAAAACAGUAGGAGUGAGUGUUCCUCAUCCAGGUAUUGAUACUCACAAGGAAGGACAAGAUAAAUUGUAUCAAGGUUAUUACCAGUGGGUAGCGCUGGUCCUUCUCCUACAAGGUAUAUUAUUCUAUUUGCCUCGAUAUCUCUGGAAAAUAUGGGAAAAGGGAAUUAUGAAAGCUUAUGCCUUAGAUUUGAAAUAUCCUCUGUUACCUACUUGUGACAGUACCAAAAGUUACAAGUUGUUGACUCAUUCCUUGCAUAUUCAUUGGGGUCAUAACAGAAGUUACUGCACGAAAUACGUGUUUUGUGAAGUCUUGGCUCUAGUAAAUGUUGUCUUCCAGAUGCUUCUUCUUGACAAAUUUUUGGGUGGUGCGUUUACUACAUUUGGUAUUGAAGUACUAAAAUGGACUGAGUGGGAACAAGAUUACAGAACUGAUCCUCUGGUCAAAAGGUUUCCCCGAAUGACGAAAUGUGUGUUUUAUGAUUAUGGCUCAUCUGGUGAUGUUCAAAAAGUAGACGCCCUCUGCCUUUUGCCAUUGAAUAUACUCAAUGAAAAGAUUUUUAUAAUUCUCUGGUUCUGGAUGGUGUUUUUGUGUGUGGUCUCGGCUAUUACCUUAUUCUACCGUUUUCUCUUAGCUGCAAUGCCUAUGCUUAGGUACUGCGUAUUAGUAAACAGGGCCCCACAAGCUAGCAAGGGAGCCCUUGAUAGACUGGUGGGGUCAUCUGGUUUAAGUGAUUGGUUUGUGCUUUACUUACUUGCAGAGAACAUUGAUUCCACUCAUUAUUGUGCUGUAGUAUCAAGUUUAGUUGCUGCAAUGGACCAGAAUGUAUAUGAUCCAGUUGCAGUUCGAGGAUUUUUUAAAUAGAAGUUUACAGAACAAAAUUUAGGGACUGAACUGUGGGCUCGGUGUCAAAAAUGCAUCCAUUAGGCUCAUAUAGACUGCGCCGGGAAUCGGUGAAAUAAUAUAAUUGUUUGAAGUAUAAAUAAUUGAAUUAUAAAAUGCAGAUGGUUGUGUUCUUGAGUUAUUUUUGUGGUACCCCAUAAUAAGAGGCACCUCGUGUAAAGGAACCUUUUUUUUUCUUUUAAAUUAAAAUUCACGCCUAAAAUUCUUGGUUUGAGCAUUUACACUGAAGUAAAAUAAUAAUUCUAGAUUCCUGGAUUUAAUUUUACGCCCAAUAAUACUUAAUUGCAUAGUAAAAACAAAAGGUACCCCCAAGCCCGUCAUUUAGGAAGGUCAAUUGCCCCCCCC